GGAGGAGUGAAGUUUGGAUGCUUCGGUCGAGCUGGGCAGCCGCUUUUCUCUCGAAUUCAGCAUAAGUUCUCCGACCAAGUUUCACUGAAGAAGUCGUGGAAUAACUGGAACAGGAAUGGAUCAUUCGACAGCCCGGUUCUGCUGUGUACUGCUGAGCCUCUUUGCUGGUUUUGCCUGUGGUCUAGACAUUACGUCUACAGGGCCGACAUCCAUAGAGGCGGCCAGCGGCCAGAGUGUGAAGCUGGACUGCCAGUUCACUCUGGCCCCUGAAGAUUCUGGACCACUGGAUAUUGAAUGGAGCUUGCUGUCUUCUGACAACCAGAAAGAGGACAAAGUGGUGAUCCUGUACUCAGGUGACAGGGCGUACGAGGACUACUAUGCCCCCUUGAAGGGUCGAGUUCACUUCAACUUAGCCGACCCCAAGAAAGGCGACGCCUCCAUCAACCUGACGGCGCUGAAGGCAUCCGACUCAGGCACCUACCAGUGUAAGGUGAAGAAGGCGCCUGGUAUCCGCAGCAGGAAGAUGCUGCUGAUUGUCAUGGUGAAGCCAUCAAAGCCCAGGUGCUAUGCCGAAGGCCCCACACAGGAAGGCAAAAACAUUGUGCUGAGGUGCAUAUCUAGCGAGGGCACCAACCCCCUACAGUACAGCUGGGAAAAGACCACUGACACCAAGCUGCUGCCCGCCACCGCUGUGUUGGAUCCCGUGGGAGGCACCAUUAACGUGAGGAACGCAUCUGCUAGCGCAUCUGGCACCUACCGCUGCACUGCCUCCAACCGGAUUGGCAAAGAUGAUUGUAUACUGUAUCUCAAUGUGACACCUCCCCCCAACACUGCAGGCAUCGUCGCAGGAGCCAUAAUUGCUGUGCUACUGAUCCUCAUCAUUAUAGCAAUCAUCCUCUUCUGCUGUUGCCGUGCCCGUCACAGGAAGAAGUACGAGAAAGAAAUCUGCAACGAGAUAAGAGAGGAUGUUCCCCCUCCCAAGAGUCGUGUUUCAACGGCGCGCAGCUUCACCGUGGGCAGCCAGCGCUCCUCGCUGGGCUCCAUGUCGCCUUCCCACCUUAAUGAUUUCGCCAACAAGACCCAGUACGACAAGAUCCCCUCAUCUGAGGAGUACGAGAGGCCUCCGAGUCAAGUACCUCUGCCCCCGCCCACUGCUGCCAAGAUGCCCGGCCGCAACCUCAGCCGCAUGGGGGCCAUCCCUGUCAUGAUCCCUGCCCAGAACAGGGACGGCUCAAUCGUCUAGCCUGUCCUCUUCUCGAGAAGGGGGCAAAGGGGAGGGUUUGGAGGAAGAGAAUAGGACAAAAGCCAAUGAAGAGGGAGCAAAAGCUGGGAUGGGCUGACUUUUAGCUCUUCAUUAUUUACAAACAGGAGUAAACUCCUCUUAUGAAGGCCUGGCUCUGCUGUGGUGCUGAGAAGAGAGUUAUACUGGAAUCACAACAGAGCACAUGAACUUUUUUAAAAUACAAAAUAACCUUUUAUGAAUUUUACUUCUUGGACUUUCUCACUGAAAAAUGAAUUGGUGUGAAUACAAAGCAGAACGGUCAAUACACAAAUUAUAUUGUACAUAAGUGAUUGCAUGUUUUUUUUUUUUUAUAUAUAUAUAUAGAUUGCCCUUGCUGUAGAGAUACUGUAUGUUCAAAAGAGAUCCAGGCCCCUAAUUGGCUAGCAGUGCAGCUGUAUGCAUGCAUGUAUGUAUAGAAUUGCAGCUGUAUGUGUGUGUGACUAUAUAUAAGUGUAUGUAUGUAUGUGAAUGGGAGUUUGGGAAAUGUAUACUUCAUUGUCUUUCAAUCCCUACAUAGCGAUAUGAUCAUUUUUCAGGCAAUCCGGUCAAACAGUUUCUGACAAAUUAGACCUACUGGAAAAAUGCAAAGAUCGACUUAUUAGAAGAAAAUUCACAGAUUUGAAUUAAUCCUUCGACAGAGUUGAAAAAUCUAGGCCAGACGUUUUCUGUUGAACUGUUGUUGUUUGAAUUGUCCAGUCUGGGCUUGGAUGGGGGGCUGAAGUGGUCAGGAUUGGUUGGUGGUGAGGGGGAGGUUCAGGCCACCACAUCUUGUGAUUGGGUGGAUUAGUGCUUCUUGACCAAGCUUAAAAAAAACAAUAAAAGACCCCAUCCCUCCUUUGGAGAUCUUAGGAGGAGGUAGUGGAUAGGGGAUAAGGGGGGCAGCUGGACAGCAAGGUUCACUGAGCAAUCAGCUUUGAUUGUGUUUGACUGUCAACAGACCCGUAACCCCUGUGACCACCAGAAUGUGUUGGCCUCCCCAAACACACACACACACACACACACACACACACACACACACACACCAUAUUAGCAGGACAAGAGCGCAGAGUGUUAAUCAUCACUUGUAGUCACCCCCACAGAUGUCUGGCAUAUGUAAUCCUCCUUAUUUGCAGUUGCAUUACAAGGAGCCAAUAUCUUGAUUAACCUUCUCUCCGUGGUCAGUAUGAAACCUUUCAUGGCUUCUGUAGCUUUAAUUGGACUCUUUUAAUGAAGGAUGUGAAGCUUGUAUACAUGACCAAAGUGCCCACAAAGAGGAACAAAUGUGAAACGCCUUAGUAUGCUGAAUUGUACAGCUCGGCAAUCCACUUUACAACCGCUUUGGUGUGAGUUCACUCUGCAGUCUGGAUAAUUACAAAUGUUUGUUCAGUCAGUGCAAGUUGCCAUAGGCCAGCCCUUGCAGUUAGUGGAUUAUUCUACUCUUAAACCAUGCCCCUUCUUCCAAAAUAAUUUCAAAGCCCAACAUGUGAUCUAAUUUUAAAAAACCCAGUAUGAAAACUUGGAGUGGGCAAACUGUUUCUUUUUGCUGUGAUGCCUUAUUCCUUAUUUUAGCCUUAACGCACCUCCCCUGAGUUCACCUCUGUUCAGCCCUCACAGCUGGAUUUUAAUAACUUCUAUUGUGCCUUGUUGUCCCAGUUCAGUAAUGUCAUAGCACGUCCGCUGGUGUGCCGUGCUAUGUGCAGUAGCAUCAUCCUGAAGGGCCGUCAUAGCCCACAGCCACUAGAACAAUACAAUCAUCAGUACAGUUAUAGAUUUCUGUUGCUUCGAUCAGGUCAGGUCUAGAAUUUCCCACACCCACUCACCUCAUACAAAUUUCCCCCAUAGCUUAUCUACACAUUAAUCACUGUCUUAAAGCUUUCAUUUUGCAUUCCAAAACAUUACAUCAUGUUUUUUUUUUUUUUUUACAUUUAUUUAAAAUUAGGUAAACUGAUGUGAUUUUUUUUUUUUUUUUUUUAAAUAACAUAAAUGGUUCUGGCUGUAUGUAUAAAUAUCCUGUUGAAGUAACCCUAUCUAAUCACAACAGAGUCGGGAUGAUAUAAAAAUGAUUUUGUUUGUAUGUAUAUGUGAUGCUAUGCUGUGCUUGGCAAAUCUAAAUCUAAAACAGAAGAGGAGGGGCGGUGUGGGUCUUGUCAGUACAGUAAAUGCUCCCUAGAAUGAUUAAGGACAUUUCUGGCAUUGUGUGAGUGUGUGUACGUUGCUGUGUGUGAAUUGUGGGACCUAAAGGGAGGUGACAGUUGUAGAAACAUCUUGCCUUGACUUCCUGGCAGAUUUGAUGUCACACCUAUUUUCUAACACCAAGGAAAGUGAGAUCUGGGUCCGCUUUGGACAAAGAAAUUAGAUCUGUCAGUUCCUCUUAGGUGUGUGUGUGUGUGUGUGUGUGUGUGUGUAUUGUACAUGAAGGAAGUUUGCUGCCAAGAUUGGCCCCUGUAGAAUUCUAGCUGGAUUUCACCUGCUGACAAACUGUACAGGGCUCUUAAGGAGGUAGUCCUGUUACUGUCCCUCUAUGUGCUCAGUUCAUUAACUACAACUGCUAUUAACAAUAUUAACUGUAGCUUUGAAAUCAGCGUACUAAUACUGUAUGAAGAUCUCCUUUGAGGUUUGCACACUGUGUGAAACCAAUUUUUCUUUUUGUGUGUAUUUUUGUGCUGUAUUUUUGAAUAAUAAAAGUCCACGGACUAAAGAAAAAUA